AUGGUUACUCCUGCUAACCAACCUACCCAGUUCAUACAUCUUCUGAAGGAAAAGAAGGGAUAUGAAAAGAUUGGAACAGUGGGUUAUUGCUUCGGAGGUGCUACUUGUGUUCGCAUAGGAGGAUCAGGCCUCGUCGACAGUGUUGUUGUUGCUCACCCAGGACCUUUCUCAAUAAGUCAAGUCAGGGCCAUAAAAGUCCCUACCGCAUGGGUAUGUGCAGAAGAUGAUAUGACGUUCUCAAAAUCCUUCCGUUCGGAGUGUGAAGCUCACCUUGCUGGGAGAAAGGGCAAGGAAAACUUCGUGGAAUAUGAAUUUAAAGAGUACAAGGGAACAACCCAUGGCUUUGCCUCCCGCCCGAAUCUUGCUAUCCCAGAGAUACGAGAGGCACAUCAAGCUGCUCUUGACCAAACUAUCGAAUGGUUCAAGAAGACUCUGAUUUGA